AUUGCCAGCUGGGCAUGAAAUUCCUAGUUGUGAUGUCGUGUCAUCCUUCAUUGCAAGGACCUAUGUGAUUUUCGUUAUAUCUGAUAAUAGUGAUACGAGACCACCGGCGCGGUCUGGUGGUCUGCCAGCACGGUCGCAAGCAUCACCUGAAUCCCGGGAGCAACCCCAGGAGCAGCCACAGCUAGCACACCAGCAACGCCAUCAGCAGCAACAGCAGCAACAGCCUUCGUGGACAAGCAUGGACCGCAGCAAAGCACCAGGUUUCUGCACUGGACGCGUUUGGGAUCGAAAAUCUCACCUGCGCAAACAGGCUGCGCAGCUCACGCGCUGAGAUCCCUAUCAGUACUACCGAGAGUGGAUCCACUCUUGGUACUAGAUCUACGGACUACGGUACCGGUUACGGGUACCCAGCAGUGCGCGUAGACCUACUGCAUGAACUUGGACGAACGGCGGAAACGAUUCAAACGAGAACGAACACGUGUACAUGACAUCUGUCUGGCAUACAAGGAGCUAGGUAAAAGUUUACCUGACCACUUAACUGGCAGGAAAGUGGAAACGGAGAAAACGAAGCUCACCAUACUUCAAGAAGCGGUUCAGGUUAUUAAUGCUCUCGAAGACAAGAUCAUAAGCCAAAACAUAGACACCGGGGCUGAAUCCGUGAAGCGGCGUGAGGAAGAGAAGUGCAGGAACCGGGGAACUAGCUUUGCCUCUGGCGGUGCUGGUCAGUUUGAGGACGACUACGAUGAUGACAGUUCCGACGGUGGACAAGGAAAAUAAAUAUUCAAAUCCAAUGACAUUGAGGUAAAAUGUACGUGCGAUGACAGUGUGCCUGCUGCCGUAUCGUGAAUCGGUCUCACCGACAGGCUGCUGUGCCUCAGACUGAGUAAGAAUAUCUGGGCUGCUGGCUGCAGAUGCGCGGGCAUGAUGUGAAUGUCGAUGCUAUGAACAAGAUGAGCUCGUUGAGCUGUUGACUAUUUCAAAAUCGCGUGCGGCAGCUCUGGGAGAAUGCUGUUGAGUGGCCUGUGGACCAAAUCAAGACUUACCACCAUCUAGUUUGUCACUAUCUCUCACUAAGGCACCUUCAGAGAAUAAUGCAAGAGAUUUGGACCUUUGAAACUCUGCAAUUUCUGAUUUGCUUUUGUGAUGUUGUGGUUCGUCCAGUGGUUUGUCCCGUGUUUGGUCCAGUGCUUGGUCCAGUGUUUUUGUCCAGUGUUUUGUCCAGUGUUUGGUCCAGUGUUUUGUUCAGUGUUUGGUCCAGUGCGUGUGUGCUCCAGCAAUGCUUGUUCUCCAAGCUGGUAUCUUCCUAUUGCUGCUGCUGCUGCUAUCAAGAAAUGCUUCAUGUAAAUAAAAAAUAAUAAUAAUCAGUU